AUGUUGGACCAUCCUGGUAACGACUUCACAUUAUGCGGCGUCACUGUUGCAGCCGUAACAGCUACACCGGUCACUGGAAAUAAUUGGCAUCAAGCAAUAUUUGAAAGCUAUUGCAAUUCACCGGAUAUUUACAAGCGAACGAAAUUUGUUGACAGUAUUGACUGCGUAGCUCAAGAGUUAGUAAAAUCAUUUUUAAAAAAUUCUUCAGACGAAAACUUUAUGUUUGCCCUGACGCAGAAGGAGAAAGUGGAAGCAAAUGAGACAGAAGAGGGAGACGAAAAUAAUGAAGGUCCUUUUAAAAGGAAGAGAGAUGUUAUUGUUACUAAAUUACCUAAGCAAACUUCCAUUUGUAUUUUAGCACAGGUUUUUCAAAAGACCAUUUACUUGGAUGCAUCGAAGUGUCCAUCAUUUUGCAUAUUCUUCUCGUCUGCAUUUGUUCAAAAACUUUAUAAUAGUGGCAAUUACUUCAAAACAUUUAUGAGGAUUGAAACUUACAAGCAUAGACUCGAACGAUUGCUAUUUAUUUAA